AACCCUAAAAAUUGGGAUGGGAAUUUACUUUUUGCCAAUGCACAGAACUAAAAUUCACAAACCCAUGAAUCAUAGCUUAGUACUCGUACUACUCGCUGAAGAAUUAUUCGGAUAACCAACCCAGUUCGUCUGAGGCAAACUCGGUGAGUCAAUUAUGUUUAGCUUUCACUCUUUCAGAGAGCUACUAUUGCUCAAACAUAGGAUGACCCAACUGGGUUUUCUUCAGCAAAAUGCUUUCUUUAUUGUGAAAUCGUAUGCAUCAACAGGUUUGUCUGAAUCAAAACACCAACAACAGCAACAAGAAAAACAUUCUUUUACAGUGUCUUACCUCAUAAACUCUUGUGGGUUGUCCUCAAAAUCUGCUAUUUUAGCAUCACAGAAGGUACAGUUGGGAAACCCAGAUAGACCAGACUCGGUGCUUAGUCUUCUCAAAGAGCAUGGGUUUACCAAUACCCAAAUCGCCAAACUUGUCAGAACGCACCCAACGUUGCUUUUAUCUGAUCCUGGGAAGACCCUUUUGCCCAAAAUUGAGUUUUUCCUUUCUAAGGUAGGGGUUUCAAGCUCUGACCUCACUCGGAUUCUCACUUCAAGUCCUUUACUAUUGGUUAGGAGUUUAGAGAACCAUCUUAUCCCCUGCUAUAAUUUCCUCAAGAGUGUACUUGUGGUGGACGAGAAAGUUAUUACAACUUUGAAGCGGUCACAGCUUUCUUUUCUAUUUGAUGUAACUAAUAAUAUGGUUCCAAAUAUUGCACUUCUGAGAGAAUUUGGAGUACCUGAAUCAGCCAUCUCUUUCUUGGUGACCAAUUUUCCGGGUAGUGCGUUCAUUAAACAUGCUAAGUUUGUUGAGGCUGUCCAUGAGGUUAAGGAAAUGGGAUUUGAUCCUUCGAAAUCGGUAUUUGUCCGAGCAAUCCAGGCGAUUUUGAAGAUGAAGAAGCCAAUGUGGGAAUCUAAAUUGGAAGUUUAUAAGAGGUGGGGUUGGUCCAAGGAUGUAGCUCUGUUAGCAUUUAGAAGGAAUCCAAAUUGUGUGCUUUUAUCAGAAGAGAAGGUCACAAAAACAAUGGACUUCCUUGUACACAAAAUGGGUUGGCCGUCAGCAGACAUUGCUAAAAAUCCUUCAGUUCUAGGUUUAAGCUUGGAGAAGAGGAUUAUCCCUAGGUGUUCAGUUGUUCAAGUUUUGUUAGCCAAGGAUUUGAUCAAGAAUAAGUUCUCCUCAGCAACCUUUUUACUACCUAGCGAGAAGUGCUUUUUGGAAAAGUUUGUGAUUAAAUUUCAGGCCAAUGUUCCUCAAUUGUUGGAUGUGUAUCAAGGUAGGAUGGAUCUUCUUGAUGUAGGAAUUCAAUCGGAGAAGACACGUCUCUCAUAAGUCACAGGUUGACUUCUUCAUUGCCACUGCCUGGAACUAUAUUUCUACUUGGUGUUGGACCAAAAGAGAAACACUGCUGCUACAACAGCUGCUAACACUACUACCCAGAUCAACAAUCUAACCAACGACAGGGCUAAAGAAAUAAUUUUAAACAACAUUUAUGUAUAUUGUGUCUGCUGUUUUUGUGGUGCAGGAAUCCUCUCCAUUUGAAUACUCUGGUACUGCGUUGUUAAUUAAUUAGAGGAAAUGCAAAUUAUUUAGGGAUGUACCCAGACUAAUCAAGAGAAGAAAACUGGGUAUCUAAUAAGUACAUCUAUUUAAGGUAUUUUAUGGCAACUUCCCAAGUCAUAUGGA